AUGUUUGAACAAAAAGAAAAGUGCUAUUAAGAAAAUAUCAAAUCUGUGGACAAUUAUGUAAAUUGCGCAUUGCAAUUAGUCAAUCAAUUUAAUGAGAUGUCAAAGAAGUUUAGAUACUAAGGACUCUACUUUGAACAUAGAUUUGUUGAUUGUUUGAAACAUAGACCAGAUGAAGGAGAUAAUUAUAAAUGCAUCUAAAAGUUAGAAAAGGAUUUAAAAAUGGAAGCCAAGAAAAUUACACCCAAAGAAUGA